AAUAAUGGGCAUCUGGGAGCUGUUUCAAGUGCACUUUAAUUUGUCUUAAUGAAACUCACAGCAAAUAAUUCCCAAGCGCCCCCUUUGUGCAGUGACCACAUACCAAUCAGCCACCCCGAAGCAAAGCAGCGUAUGGUACGCAGAGCCACUCCCCCUUCUCCUCACGACGCGCACAUACACAAAGGCGGGCACGCACGUUUAGAAAGAAACCCUGUUUUUAUUUUAAAACGCGUGUCUUUAACUAGAUAGCUAGAAGAGCCGAACUUUAAGGUUUCAUAGCAUCCUCCCUUUCUGCCCCCCCCACCUCGCCACCCCGGAUCCGUGACUAAAAAUUAACUGGUGGCAAAAGAGGCAGGUAGGAGGAGGGAGAGAUUGAUAGGGUGACAAAACAAAGUUUGUGCAAAGUAGCAGAACUGCAGAGAGAGAAAGAAAGAGUAAGAGACUGUCAAGUGAUUGCGCUCUCCAUGGAGAUCCAAGGACCAAUGAGAGGGACAGAAGCUGUUUAUAGAGGCGGAGCGUCUCCAUAGCAUCCAGAGAAGCCUUUUGGAGCAGCUACUUAUUGACAGUCAUUCUGUUGCUUACAAAUCACAGCGGCUCUGGAAUAAAAGGGCUCUGGCAGCGAGGGGAGUAAUAAUUUAUCCAACGGGAGAAUAGUAGAAAUUUACCCUAUUUCCCUCUCCACCCCCCACUUCACCCCGUUGAACAUUCAGCGUUUAGUAGUAAACAUUUGGUAGCAGUGGGAUUUCACCGCAGGAUCAGGAUUGUUACCCCCUGCCCUUUCCCUUCUUACCCCUUCCUGCUCUUCCACAAUUCCUGAAUGUUGGACCUGCCUAUUUUGGCUUCCACUGAUAUGACUGACAGCUGGCUGAACAUGCAGUCUGAGGAAGAGAAAGGCCAGGAAGGCAGCAUGGUGGAUUCAGGCAACCUAGACGACAGCUUGACCAGCCUACAGUGGCUUCAAGAAUUCUCCAUCAUGAAUGCGAACAUGAGCAAAUCAACCUCUUCCCCAUGCAGCACAGAUCCUCAUGGUUAUCACAAAAUUCCUGGCUCUGCUGCACCGUGUUCCCCUCUAGCUGGUGACCCAGCUUGCAUGGGGAUGCCCCAUACCCCUGGUAAGCCAAUCUCUUCCUCCACAUCCAGGACUACACAUCUGCAAGGCCAACCAUUGGAAGACAUAGAUUACAAGACUAAUCCCCAUGUGAAGCCUCCUUAUUCCUAUGCCACACUCAUCUGCAUGGCAAUGGAAGCAAGCAAGAAAACCAAAAUCACCCUUUCAGACAUCUAUAAAUGGAUUACGGAUAAUUUCUGCUAUUUCCGGCAUGCAGACCCCACAUGGCAGAACUCCAUUAGGCACAACCUGUCCUUGAAUAAGUGUUUCAUCAAGGUACCACGAGAGAAGGAUGAACCGGGAAAAGGUGGAUUCUGGAAGAUUGAUCCCCAGUAUGCAGACAGACUGAUGAAUGGGGCGUUCAAGAAGCGCAGGAUGCCCCCUGUGCAAAUCCACCCAGCUUUUACCGGAAGAAUCCAACCAGAUGCCAGCUCCAGUUCUUCUGCUCACCAGGCAGCAACAUCUUGGAAAAACAGCAGCAUCUUGAAAAUCAAUAUGGAGUCUCAGCAGCUGCUCAAAGAGUUUGAAGAAGUCACCAGUGACCAGAACUGGAACCCGGUGGAUGGGAAAAUGAGCCAUAAACGCAAGCAGCCACUCCCAAAGCGGAUGUACAAGACAGCCCGUCUCUCCAGCUCCCCUAUGCUUACUCAGGAAGAACAGACAGAGCUUGGGUCUCUGAAAGGUGACUUUGACUGGGAAGCUAUCUUCGACACCUCUUUAAAUGGUGGCUUCUCCACUUUUGAGGAUCUGGAGAUCACUCCUCCUAUUAGUCCGAUAACCAGAGAUGUAGACUUGACUGUGCAUGGAAGACAUAUUGACUGCCCACAAGAGUGGUGCCCAGCUGGGCAGGAUUACAUCCUAACUGAAUCCAACCAGAACAGCUUGGACUUUGAUGAAACCUUUAUUGCCACUUCUUUCCUUCAGCAUCCCUGGGAUGAAGGAAGACAUGAUUACCUCUCGAGUUCUGUCAACAUGGAUCCACUCUUUGAACUCAAUGAUCCUUCUUUGCAGACGGAAAUGAAUGACUGGAGCAAUGCUGGAUGUCUUUAAUAAGAGAGAGCCCUGGUAGGAAGGCUCAAGAUCAUCCCAGACUGGUCUGCUGUAUGAACAAGACUGACUCAGUGCUGCAGGACUUGAUGAACAGGAGAAACGUCUAGCAAACAAGGCAUCUUUAUUAUUGGGACCAAGGGGAUCACAGAGGUGUCAGGGUGGGGUGGGGGUGGGGGAAGAUCUGGAGAAUUUGGCUGGAUGUAUCUGAAAGCAACACAUAUGGGGAACUCUGUACCCCAAAGGACAACCAAUAAUAAUAAUACAGUACUUAUUUUUGUGUUCUUUUAAAGAAAUAUGGAUUUUUCUACUUUGGGGGUGGAGGGAUUUGAAAAGGGCAUAUCUUCGUUGUAGGGGAGAGGAUGACAUUUGAAUAGGAUGGAAGAGCUGGCCUUUUCUGGUGACUAAGAACACGUUUGAUCAUCUGUAAUUUCCUCUUCCUUCUGUCCAUUUGCUUCUCUCCCUCCCUCCCUCCCUCCCUCCCUCCCUCUCUCUCUCUCUCUCUCUCUCUCUCUCUCUCUCUCUCUCUCUCUCUCCCCCUCUCUCUCGUGUGAGUGUGUUUGCAUUGUUUCUACCCAGGGAAAAUUUCUAGGUACAACAUGGGACAAUUAAGUAGCAAAUAUAAUUCUCACCUGUAUUCUAGGAGUUUAAGCCACCAGGCUACUCUAGGACUAGUUUAGAUGUUGAGAUCUGUAUAUUCAGAAAUGAAUCAACAAGUCAAGAUCUUUCAGGAUUUUAAAAUAGAGCCUAUUAUAUAUCUAUACAUCUAUUACAAAACCUAUAUUUUUAGCUACAGGGCACAAUCAGUAGAGUAUUGGUGGGGGUGGGGAUGAGGAUUGUUUGUAAUAAUGUUAAUUAAGAUUGAAGUGUAUCAAGCAUUUGUUAUAUAGAGGGAAAUGUAAUAAAAUAUGCAAGUGGGAAUUCCUGCCAGUAGAGGAUUUUCAAAAAUCCACAAAUGAGGACCUGAUAUUCUCUAGAUGGUCCUUUUUACUUAUUUUUGUAUCUCAAAUUCUUUACAGUUCUGCAGUCUUGACUGACUAUGUAUGCUGUAAAGCCUAGACAUGAAGUUGUGGCAGGCAGACCCUCCACGUUAUGGACUACUAACAGAGUGCUGUACCCUUUUCUAACCGGAAGCUAUGAUCACAUGUCAGACUCCGGACAAUCAGUUGCCAAGUCAACUGAUCAAUAAUGAAGGGCUAUUAUUUUCCACUCCUUUUGGCCAAGCAACCAUGGGAACUUUAAAAAGAUUUCUUUGCUUUAGUUCAUGCCUCCUUAUGUUUGAGUCUUCAGCCAGUGAGAGUGCUCACGUUAUUCAGUGGCUCUAGACUUCAGUGAAUGAUUGCAAGGCAAAGACUAGUAGCAGUGGACACUGCAAAUGAAAGAAGAAUCUAAAGCUUCGCUCUGCCUUCUUAUUCAGCUUCCAUCCUAGAACUGAAGUUGCUACCCAACUAGAUGUUUUAGCCCAAAGCUAAUGUUAGCCAACAAUCAUAUUAAAAUCUGAUUAGAUUCAAAUAAAGUAAACUGUGCAUAUUUACAAUAGUUAUGGAGGUUCUCUCUGGAAACAUGGCAGCCUUGUCUGCCACAUGAUUAUAGUCUGCAUAUGUUACAUUUUGAAAGAACUAAACAAUGGUUCCACAGCCACUUGAAGGAUAGAGCUGUAUUAUCUGUAUUCAGCAGAUGCAAAAACUAAUAGAAUGCUUACAAAGCAAACUUCAAUUAUUUUUUCUUUACUUUCCUGCAUCUCCCUGAAGAUGCACACCCACAUGCAUUAUCUGUUUUGAAAUGUUAAUGUUUUCAUGCACUUAAUCAGACUACCCCAAUGAUUUUCUAGUGGGGAGAGGCCACAUCCUCAGGAUAAAAGCCCAGGCACUAUAUUUCUCUAUGAGAAAUAUGAUAAACUGUGAUACAUGCCUACUUAUAACCACAAUUGUUCACAUCAGAUUAUUUUUUCUGCCUAUCCAUUUAUUUUAAUGAAAGAGCUAUACUUCCAGGGACAAUCAUUUGACACUUAGAGAUGGCUAUUUCCCAUGCUACAUUCUCCAUAUUCACAAUUGCAGGAAUAACGUACAUCAUGGGCACAUUCAUUACCUUGCUCAAGAAAAAAGAAUCCAAAUUUAGUUCUUUGCCGUAUGCUACCAAUAUUAGUCCUGUGCUUGUAUUAGUGGGCAAGGAGAGAUGUGGCAAUGAAGUAUUGAUAAUUCAUAGCACGUUUAGUAUUCAGUGUGCUUUACAAUCAUCUUCACACCAUCCCUCUAAGGUAGUUCAUUUGUUCUCUCUAUUGAAAGAAGACUGAAGGCCUUUCCAAAAGAUCUUGGGUGGUUUUUGUGUAUGUCUGUGCAGUAAAUGUGGAUUUGGUUCUGAGUUGUUGCGCAGUGUCUACACACAUCUCCUCUUGAGACUGCACUGUUGUUAUGGACAUUUUCCAAGCACUUGACUCAAAUGUGAUAUUUUGUAUCCAGGGAAAUGCAGGACUUACCCUAGAGUGCAUGCAAUCAGUCUAGAAAGGGCAGCCAAUGGACUACAUCCAACCUCUGAGGUGUUUUUAAGUGAAAUCGAGCACUUAUGGGUUCUGAGCAGCACCAAGACAGUUCCAGAUUUUGGGGAGGGGGGCACCAUUUAUUCCUCCUGCAGCAUCAGCCUUGAAGCAUCUGCAAGAAGGUAGGAUAUAGAUCCUAAAAUAAAAUAAAAUGUCCUGAGCAUGGAGCUUGCAAGUUCUACAUUCCUAAAGGGGAAUGAAUCCAGACCUUGUGGAAACUACAAUUGUUCUCCCUUGUGACAUUCACAAAUGAAUUGCCACUACCUGCCCAGUCACAAGGAUUUGGGUGCUAAAGCAUACGAAACACGAAAUUGGCAAUAUCUGAUCUAAAAUAUAUUGCCUCCAAAGGUCUAAAUGUAAAAAUACUUCUCUAGAGACACGUGUAUACACACACACACACCUCUGAAAAGUUAUGGGUUCAUAACCUGAAAACACAGUAAUGGAAGGCAAAGUAUAUUCAUGUUUCGCAACAAUUUGGGACCAGCUGGUAUUAAUUUUGCUAAUAAAAAUCAACAGAGCUUCCUGGAGCUGAGCAGGAUUCAGCCCUCCAAUUGAUUUGUAGUAGGAGUGUGGAAGAUUAUCUGGGAAUCACAUGGACCACCUAAACAUAAUUGCGGGGUAGGGGUGAGAGGGGACCACUGACACGGAAUUCAAUAAGAACAAUUCAGAUUCUAACCCACUCUUUUGUUGUUGGAAAUGUUGUUAAUUUACAGUUACUUAGACUGCUAGAUUUUUUAUUUUUUGAAGUGUGUUUAGAUUAAUGAAAAAUAGCAAACUAGAAGCGUUUGUUGUUAGAAACAAUAUUAAAAGCCUUAAUCAUGUCCAUAGAUAUGUGUACAUUUUUUCUUGUUUAUUGAAAAAUAAAAAUU